UGAGACGUGAGCAACAGCAGCAGCAGCGUGUUUUUGCUGGAUGCAGUGAGUCAUUGACUCUCACCGGUUACAGCUGGAGAGCAACGAACAAGAGGUUAACUGGUGUGAAAACAGGUAAAGUCGGAUUGAGAAAAAAAUUUGGCCACUUUUGUUACGAGUUUUUUCACGGAGAAGCGAAGUGGAACAUCUACAGCGACCAGUUGGGACUUGAUGAGAAAGUCCAGAAGUCCCGCUCUUGGAGAGACUAGCGGAAUAUGAUUUGAAUCAGCGGAACGUAAAACACUGUUGCUCGCUAACAGGAUGAAUCUCCACUCGCUUCAUGCCAUCAUGCUGCUGUGGGCCUUGUGUCCCAGUGCACAGGACCAGUGUGAUAAUUCACCUGAGACCAACAAACUCAACCUCUCAGUCACCUACGAGCUCCCAACAUUCACGGCAGACUUCCCCAUCCAGAACAUGGUGACGCUGGAUGGGAUCAUCUAUGUCGGGGCUGUAAACAGAAUCUAUGCCCUGGCCCCGAACCUCACAAAGCUGUCAGAGUACCACACAGGGCCGCUGCUUGCCAACGAGACUUGUGGCAAGAAACUGACCAGCAAUGACAGGAUGGACAACCACAACAUCGCCUUGGUGGUGGAGAACAUUUAUGAUAAGGGGUUGUAUAGUUGCGGCUCUGCAGACAACGGUAUUUGCCGCCGUCAUGUCCUGGAUGACGACAUUAGUCCAAAAACCGUAGACGAACAGGUGUACUGCUUCGGAGACAAGGUGAGGCAAGGCAAAGGUCAACCCAGCAACUCGGAUGUUGUGGUCAGCCCUUCAGGCUCUCAGGUGCUCAAUGUGGAGAGCAACGUCAUCAAAUUCUUUGUUGGGAACUCUGAGAUCCCAGGCAUAGGAAACAUAACAAGCAGGGCAACACAUCCCCAUACUAUUUCUCUGCGGAAGAUGAAGACGAGCCAGAAUGGCUUCACUUUCUUCUCCAACCGCUCAUACAUGGACCUAAUUCCAUCUCUACGUGGAAACUACUACCUGCGAUAUGUUUACUCCUUCCACAGUGGACCUUUCACCUACUUCCUCACAGUGCAGCGGGUGAACAGGGACUCCCAGGCCUACCACACCCGCAUAGUCCGUAUGUGCUCCUCAGACCAUGUGAUCCGCCGUUACGUGGAGAUGCCCCUUGAAUGCAUCAGCACCAAUAAAAGGCGACGGCGCUCUACGGAAGAUGUGAAGGUAUUCAACAUCCUCCAGGCAGCCUAUGUGACUAAAGUGGGCGCUGAUGUUGAACUGCAGAAGCAGCUGAAAGUGGAGGAAGAUGAUGACGUGCUGUUCACCGCCUUUGCCCGAGGAAAGCCAAACUCUCCGGAGCCGACCUCUAACUCAGCCGUCUGCAUCAUGUCCCUGAAACACAUCAACAACAUGUUCAGGAUGUACAUGCAGAUGUGCAACACAGUAGACCUCUAUCACUUCACUGGAUCAGACAAGAAGUCUUGCUACAAUGUGAGUUCAUCAGACGACUGCGACCCACAUGAGGGAAUCCAUGAAGGGAAAGAGGGCGAGUAUCGCCUGCAGGUGACCCAGUUUGUCCAAAGGUUGGAGUACUGGCAAAAAGAUUUGACAAACACCCUGGUUACCUCUAUCACAGUGGUGCCAGUCCAUGGCCGUGCAGUGGCAUACCUGGGCACCGCUGACGGACGCCACAUACAGGUGUUGUUCUCCCGAGUUGCCUCUCCUCAUGUCAAUAUCCGCCUGGACUCGAGACCCGUCUCCGCCAGUGUAGCACUGCCAGGCGAUGAACACUCAGAUGGAGCCCUGCUAAUGGCCACAGGAAACAAGAUCACUAAGGUCCCUCUGAUCGCCCCCGGCUGUGGUCAGCUGACCACCUGUACUUCCUGUCUGUUGUCGUCGCGGGUGACAGAAUGUGGCUGGUGUGAUGGACACUGCACCAGAGCCAGCCAGUGUCCCUCCUCCUCCCUCUGGACCCAGGACUACUGCACACCUGUCAUCACUAAGAUUUUUCCGACCUCGGGACCUAUACGAGGCUCUACAGUGGUGACAAUGUGCGGGCGCAACUUGGGCUUCGACAAGACUGAGAACUUCAAGGCCUCUCUGGUAACAGUGGAGGUGGCAGGAGCUCCCUGCAAACUACCCAGACAAGACAAUAUCAACAGGUGGACUGAGCUGAAGUGUUCCCCAGUGUUCAGUGGGAACUUCACCCCAUCAGGACACACAGUGAAGGUCAUCAGUGGCCACAUGUCGGUCAAGAUGGAUGGCUUCACCUUUGUGGACCCUGUGAUCUACGAGAUCUUCCCGACAUUCGGACCGAAGUCCGGAAACACCAUGCUGACCAUAAGAGGAGCAUUCCUGGAUACUGGAAACAAGAGAGAGGUGACGAUAGGGAAAGCAGCCUGUAAGAUCCAGAGCUUGUCAUCUAACAUGCUGACCUGUAAGACGCCUCCACACGGUGUUCCCUCUGAGCAACUUGUGAAGCUGACAGUGGAUUCGGUGGAGCGUGACGCCCCUGUGCUGUUCACCUACAACCAAGACCCCAUCAUCAACAGCAUCCAGCCAUCACGUUCCUUCGUCAGCGGAGGCUGCACGGUGGCAGCUCAUGGCUUCUUUCUUCAGUCCGGCCUCCAGCCCCAGAUGGUCCUCACCACCGCUCAGGAUGCUGAGGUGUUUCAUGUGAGCUGUGUCUAUGGUGAGAACCGGACAUCCAUCCAGUGCACCACGCCCUCUCUGGCCAAACUGGCUCUGCAGCCGCCUGUGGUCACCAAGGUGGCAUUUGUCCUGGACGGCUACUCGACGGAGCAGUGGGACCUGAUCUACGUGGAGGACCCCCUCUUCCAGGACCCCAAGCUCACUUCCAAGGACAACAAGAGCAUCGUGGAGCUUAAGGGUGACCGGAUGGACAGGGAGGCGAUGAAGUGUCAGGUUCUCACUGUGUCCAACCACAGCUGUGAGAGUCUGAUUCUGGUUGGAAACACUCUUGAGUGCACCGUUCCCACCCAGCUGCAGGCUGCCACGUCCAAGGAGUUGCAGGUGGAGUGGCGCCAGGCGGACUCCAUCAGGCAUCUGGGCAAGGUGACGCUAGCUCAGGAGCAGGACUACACAGGCCUCAUUGUAGGCUGUGUGUGUGUCAGCCUGCUGUUGCUGCUGCUGGGAAUGCUGCUCAUGUGGAGAAGGAACAAACACAUUGAUGAUCUGGCUGAGGUGUGGUAUGAUGGCCGGGGGCACAUCCAGCAUCUGGACAGGCUGGCUAACGCAAGGAGCGUCAGUCCCACUAACGAAAUGGUCUCCCACGAGUCAGUCGACUAUAGAACAACCCUGCUGGAGGAUCAGGGCACCGACAGGCCAGAGACAUGCCGGGCUCCUCCAAUCUACGGGGGCAACGGUGAGCUGCUGUCUCCCAGACUUGGGGCACUAAGAGCUGGAAUGGGGAUGGGUCUGGGAAUGGAGGGUGAGUUGGUGUCACCCCUACUGAUGACCCCGGUCCACAUCGACCCGUCCUGCCUCCACCCAGACCUGCUAACUGAGGUGCAGCACGUGGUGAUCGCCAGGGAGCAGCUGCUGCUCCACCUCAACCAGGUCAUAGGCAGAGGUCACUUCGGCUGUGUUUUCCAUGGAACUCUUCUUGAGCCAGACGGGCAGAAGCAGCACUGUGCCAUCAAGUCCCUGAACCGCAUCACAGAUCUGGAAGAGGUGUCCCAGUUCCUGAAGGAAGGGAUCAUCAUGAAGGACUUCAGCCACCCAAACGUUCUCUCUCUGCUGGGAAUAUGUCUGCCACCAGAGGGCUCGCCACUGGUGGUUCUGCCCUACAUGAAGCAUGGCGACCUGCGCAACUUCAUCCGUGAUGAGGGACAUAAUCCAACAGUGAAGGAUUUGAUGGGCUUCGGGCUGCAGGUGGCCAGAGGGAUGGAGUAUCUGGCCAGCAAGAAGUUUGUCCACCGAGACCUAGCUGCCAGGAACUGCAUGCUGGAUGAGAGCUACACGGUGAAGGUGGCAGACUUCGGCUUGGCUAGAGACGUUUAUGAUAAAGAAUAUUACAGUGUCCACAACAAGAGUGGAGUCAAGCUGCCUGUCAAAUGGAUGGCUCUGGAGAGUCUGCAGACACACAAGUUCACCACCAAGUCAGAUGUGUGGUCGUUUGGAGUGUUGCUAUGGGAACUGAUGACCCGUGGUGCCCCUCCAUACUCUGAUGUGAACUCCUUCGACAUCACCGUGUUCCUCCUGCAGGGGAGGAGGCUGCUGCAGCCCGAGUUCUGCCCUGACGCCCUCUACACGGUGAUGAUCGAGUGCUGGCAUCCAAAGCCAGAGCGGCGGCCCUCCUUCUCUGAGCUGGUGUCACGCAUCUCCGCCAUCUUCUCUAGCUUCAGCGGGGAGCACUACAUCCUGCUCAACACCACCUACGUCAACAUCGACAAGAUGAGCCCUUACCUUGCCUCCUCCACCACCACCACUUCUUCCUCCUCGUCUUCCGACGACGACGACGACGACCCCUCCGCCUCCAAUUCCCUGCCAACCCAAUCAUCCCUGUUUUGUCAUGUGGGGCGAGACUGCUGCACCUGAGAGGAAAAUUGAAGGAGAGUGGCAGGUGGAAAAAGACUGAGAGAAAGAGCAAGGAAGAAAGCAGUGAGGUGAUGAAGAACUACUGUAUGUACUUGCCAAACACUGGACACUGUAUGCUGAGGAAAAACACAGAUUUUGCAGCUUUGACUGUUCACUCAAUGUACAUAGAUCGUUGAUCUUUGACGACAGGGUUCUCCGUGAACUAUAGGGCUGACCUUUUCGACUUCAGUCAACCUUUCUGACCAUUCAUCGACGUUGUGGAGCACGAGGUCAGCCGUCCUGCGUCCUCUACAAGACAAUUACAAGGCACAGGAACUCAUCCUCAAAGAUUCCCAGCGGACAAAGCCACUGUCACAGAAGCACAAGGCUAUUCUUCAAGCAAAAUAAUCUCAUUGACUGCUGUACCCACGCAGGGAGAGGAUAGAUUUCAUAUUUCCGCUCUCCUCUGGGUGGCAUGUGCUUCGAUACGUACAUGUGGCUUGGACCGUUUCGCUGUCUGUAAUGUGAAUGUUUGACAAAUGGCCAUGUAUUGUGUCGUGUAGAAAAUGUCACACCUCCACACGCCAUAAACAAGACUAUAUGACUGCAUGCCCUGCGCCCGCACUCAGAGAAUGAAUCCCAUUUUGUGAGAUUGUGGCGCCUAGGGUAAGUAAACCAAGGCUCUCUGGAGGUUGGAAAUAGGGGAAGGGCAAUGUAGGUGUAAAGUGGGAUGCGAAAAAAAUGCCUGUGUGCAUUUCACUGGAAGGUUUAUUUGUAUAAUUAUCUUUGGACGAAUAGCUUUUGAUGUGCUUAGAUAAAAACAUCAUGCAGACUCUCCAUGACCCACCAGUAUGAAAGGCCCAUAUGUUUCCAAGUGAAAAGAGUUAGAAGCGCCUUUUUAUUUCCCUUUGUUUGGGGAGGGGUUAAAACCUGAAGUGUCAAGACAGUACAACUCUGACAGCGUGCACACUCUUGAAAGCUUUGAGGUUUUCUUGAAAAGAAGGAGAACAAAUGAGAACCAUGUCCAGGAGUUUUUCUGGUAGUUGAUGAACUGUCACUUACUGCAUGUCAGAUCUGUGUCUGAUUAAAAUGAUACCUAGACCAAGACCAUGAGGGUUUGCAGCCAGACCCAUUUUUUUUACAUUUGGUUUAUUUAACCAGAGACGUAAACUUUCAUCUCCAACAGUUUAUUAAUUAAAAAACAUUCAGAAUUUCAACAAAGAGCUUGUUGUCCCCGAAAGAAUUCACUAAGAGCCUCAAGUGAAAACUUUACCUCAAAGGGCCCCUGUGUUCAUCUGUCUUAGUGUGUUAUUAUGUGACUAUCAGUGACGGCUGUAUAUCACUGUAUCUUCAUGAUGACUGUGCAUGUGCAAGUCAUUAUGAAGAAAUAAUGUUUUUUAAAAAAGCAUACCAGUAUGCUUGCAAAUUUAAUCUUCUUAACCACAACUCAUGUACAAUUUACACUUCUGUUGACCAUUUUUAAAUGCAUGCUAUACUUUUGUUUUAUACUAUUGUUUCUUCCAUAUCAGGCAUUCCAUUCAUUUCCCUGCAAUAUGAAAAUCUUAUUCUUAAAACUUGCAUAGAGAUUUGUCAAUGGUAUUAUAUAUACAGCAUAUUAUAUAUACUUUUGUCGUGUGGUAAAUGUAAUGCAGUUAAAGCGCAUAUAUAUUUUUUUGUGUACGACAAUACAUCAUACUUAAUGUAGAGAUGUGCCAAUUGAUGAUCAUAUUGACCAUUAAUAAUUGAUUAGAUUCCUUAGGCACCCAAGGACUUAUUGUUUGCAGGGUGGGGCAACAUGUACUCACAAUAUGUAUAACAAUCCAUAUCAGUUCGCUGUAGUAAUCCACUACUUCUUUACUUUAUAUGAGUUUUUCAUAUAUGACUAAAAUACAUUAGAAAAUAGCCAAAUGUCUGCUGCCUUCAGCACAUUUGCUAUGUGAUAUACUGUCAUAUAUUUCACAACUCAAUCAAGUUUGAAGAGUCUUCAAGGGAUUUUCAUAUUGUACAGAAAUGAAUAGAAACUAAUGGCUGCUUUGAACAGUAGAAAAAACAGAAAAUUUUUCUCAAACAUAUAAGCAUGAUUUACAAAGAGGUUACAAAGUAAACAUAAUUUGUCCCAAAUAGGCUAAACUUUAAAACCACUGUGGUCAAUGCCCCUUUUGUCUUUGCUUUUUUUAAUGUUUGUUUUUAUCUGAAUGGCUGCUGAUGUGACUGGGCCAUUGACAGACAGGUAUGAAUGUUUGCUAUGACAAGAAAAGUGCUGUACUAUAUUUUUGUAUUGUUGAUGAGCCUCUUCUUUAAAUCUGGUCCCAGUGGAAGACCAGUGGUGAGCGAAUAGUGCCACGAACAAUGAAUAAAGCCACCUAAUCAACCCUUCGUUUUCAACACCUACCACUGCCAUUUUGUAAAUAAAGAGAAGUGAUCGUAGGGAUCUGUGUGGGUUUGCAGCAUGUCCGAUAAACGUGAGUGGAUGCUCAUUUAGCUUCUAAUCAUUACUGCUAGAUCACUGUGCAGUAAUGAACAUUAAGUUGAACAAAUUGGAGCCACCCCACACGAUACUCAAAGACUGCUGUCACUUUCAUCAUGUGAUUCUCCACCAUUUUGUAUGUGCUUAACACUGUCUGUUCUGUGUGUGGGUGUCUGUAUGAUUUUGUUGUCCAUAAAAAAAAAUCCUGAAGGUACAUGUUCCUAUGUAAUGUCAAAUCAACUUUGUCAGUGUAAUAAAGCUAUACUAUGAGAGUUA